CUCCUCCCUCACCACCACACUCAGCUACCGCAAGCAUGGCCUCCCUCGCUGCUGUCGGUGCCAAGCACGUCGCCAAGGGUGUCGGGCGCUUCACCGAGAUGGUCAUGACCGAGGGCAAGGGCUCGUACCUCAAGACCGAGUGCGGCCGCACCAUCCUCGACUUUACCUGCGGCAUCGGCGUGACCAACCUCGGCCACUGCCACCCGGGCGUCACCAAGCAGGCGCAGGAGCAGGUCGGCACCCUCACCCACGGCCAGAUCAACCUCGGCUACAACAAGCCGCAGAUCGAGCUCAUCCAGAAGCUCCUCCCCGUCAUGCCGCACAAGAGCCUCGACUCGUUCUUCUUCUGGAACAGCGGCGCCGAGGCCGUUGAGGCAUCGAUCAAGCUCGCGCGCCACGCGACGGGCAAGCAGAACAUCAUCGUCGUCCAGGGCUCGUACCAUGGCCGGACGUUCGGCACGAUGGCGCUCACCAAGAGCAAGACGAUCUACGGCGCCGGCUACGCUCCGCUCAUGCCCGGCGUCUUCACCACGCCCUACCCGUACUGGCACCAGCUCGGCCUCCCGCACACCACCGCCAACGAGGACCUCGUCGAGAACGCCCUCUACCGCCUCGAGCUCCUCCUCAAGCAGGAGACUGCACCGCGCGACACGGCCGCGCUCAUCAUCGAGCCUGUUCUCGGCGAGGGCGGCUACAUUCCGGCGCCCAAGGGCUACCUCGAGGGCCUGCGCCGCAUCUGCGACGAGCACGGCAUCCUCCUCAUCAUCGACGAGGUCCAGACCGGGUUCGGCCGCACGGGCAAGUACUUCGCCAUCGAGCACUGGCCCGAGGUCCGCCCCGACAUCAUGGUCAUCGCCAAGGGCAUCGCCAACGGCUUCCCGCUGUCAGGCAUCGUGUCGCGCAAGGAGCUCAUGGACAAGCAGCCGGCCGGCUCCCAGGGCGGCACGUACGCCGCCAACGCCGUCAGCUGCGCCGCUGCGUGCGCCGUCCAGGACGCGUUCAGGACCGAGGGCGUCUUUGAGAACAUCGACGCGCGCUCGCACGAGAUCUUUGGCCUGUUCAACGACCUCAAGGCCGACCCGGUCAUUGGCGACACGAUCGCCGAGGUUCGCGGGCUCGGACUGAUGGUCGGCGUCGAGUUCAAGUCGCCGACGGACCGGUACACGCCCGCGCAGGGCAAGGUGCCCGCCAACAUGGCGAGCCGGGUCCAGAACAAGUGCCUCGAGAAGGACCUCCUCGUCCUCACGACGAGCGUGUACCAGACGAUCCGCUUCAUCCCGCCCCUCAACAUCUCGAAGGAGGACAUGGCCAAGGGCUGCGACAUCAUCCGCAACGCCAUCACCGAGGUCGUCAAGGAGGGCUGAGCGCAGCCUCUCGCGCCGUCGUCGACAUAGAGCUUCGGGAGGAAUUCGGGGGAAGGAGCCGUCGCGCACAUAGGUUCUCGCAAUUGCAUCUGUACUCUGGGCCCGUC